UUUCUCCAUCUUUUUGUUUUUUCAAAUUCGUUGCAUUAUCCUCUUCAGUGAUAGCCAAAAAGUUCAAACCUGGACUCCAGUUCACAGAUUACAUAAAGAAUUGCUUAACAAAUGACGAUUUCUUGUUCAACUACCUUCACAACUUUAGCUGAAUCUUCAAUCCACUGUCUUUCUGACCCAUGGAAGCCAUUGUCUUCAAUGAAACCCAUUGGGAAACGAACUCCCAAGAUUCUACUCUUUGGCUACCGAAAUUUGUCCCUGCGAUUGUCACCUCUACGUUCCAAUUCCCUGUCUCAAAGUGGGUUUCGUCCUCUUUGCUUCUUCAAUGCUAAAGAUGAAUCCGGCGGCGAUUUUCAGCAGAAGGAAAAUGGGGCGGGAUGGCCUAUCUUGAGGCGGUGGGACGUGCCAUGGGGAUGGCAAACAGUUUCACUAACUUCAUUAGCUUGUGGAUUAAGUUUCAUUGUGACAGGAUUGGUUGAAUCUGCUGCCAUACCUUAUCUUGGUAUUCGCAUUGAAGAGCUAAGCUUAGACGAGAAGGCUGAAAUACUUUUCCUGGACCAAGGCAUUACAACUGUGACAGUGCUUGGGAUCUUAUACAGCAUUGCCAACACUUUCCAACCACUUCCAGAUGACUUGUACCGAUAUGAUAUUAGGGACCCCUUGAAUCUGCAGAGGGGCUGGCUCUUAUGGGCAGGAGUUGGUCUGGCUGGUGCCCUGGCUUCUAUUGCCGUGACAGGAGCCGUUUUGUCUUCAUUUAACGGUGGGAGUACUGAAAGAGAGACAGAUGCUCUUGUACGCUUGCUUCCACUAAUUGGAUCUUCCAGCAUCAGCACUGCUUGUCUUGUGGGCAUCACAGGGGUCCUUGCGCCAGUGCUUGAAGAGACUGUGUUCCGAGGAUUUCUUAUGGUGUCUCUUACCAAGUGGAUUCCCACACCAGUUGCCGUUCUGAUUACCGCAGCUGUAUUUGCACUUGCUCAUCUAACCCCUGGAGAGUUUCCCCAGCUGUUUGUGCUUGGAACUGCUCUGGGAUUUUCGUAUGCUCAAACUCGCAACCUCUUGACCCCUAUCACCAUACAUGCUUUGUGGAACUCUGGUGUCAUUUUGCUUCUUACCUUCCUUUCGCUCCAAGGUUACGACAUCAAGGAAUUGCUGCAGACAACAUGAUGGAAUUUGAGGUUUCUUCUGUUAAAAUCAAUUCACAACAUGUGCAGCCAAUCCUCCGUUUAGAUAUUUUCUUUUUGCUUUGUUCCUAUUAUUGGCAUCAAAUCCUGAUAGAACAGUGAAUAGGUUGUCAAAAGCUACAUUUUUUUUUGAAGAUGAUCUUCUUUCUGUAAACUAGUUGAUAAAAUGAGCUUAUUAUUGUCUUUUUCCACUCUCUUUACGAGGUCAAACAAUUGUAAUGUAAAGAUCAAAGUAUCAACUUUUCAAAUAGUAAUUGGUAUCAAAUCUACUAAGCUAUUCUUAA